GAGGACAACGUACUGAGUAUAAACGCCCAGAUUAUGAUUCGAGAUGCUUCAAAGGGGGGUUGGGUCCCUCGGGGUUGCGGGGGAAUAAGCACCAUUUUUUUCUGUAAGGUCCUUAAAGUGGUUAGCGAGAAGCAUCUGGUCGAGUUUUAUAUCCGCUGUGUAAGGGACUCGGAUAAAAAAACUAUCCUAAAUAGCGAGAUAAAAAGAGACUUUUCCUACACGAUAGCCAAUCCGACAUUUUACCAUUGGGAGUGCGAAGACGGAGGCAAAUUUGGUUUGACCUUUCAAAGUUCAAAGGUUGCCAAACUUUUUGAGAAAAAUGUUAAAAAAAUUAUUGAUGCUCUGAAGCACGGU